ACUAGCGCCUGAUUGAGGAAGAGAACAUGCUGGCACCAUCUCUAAAGCAGUUUUCCCUCCGGGUGGAAAUUUUGCCAUCCUACAUUCCAGUGAGGGUUGCUGAAAAAAUCCUGUUUGUUGGAGAAUCUGUCCAGAUGUUUGAGAAUCAAAAUGUGAACCUGACUAGAAAAGGAUCCAUUUUGAAAAACCAGGAGGACAUAUUUGCUGCAGAGCUGCAUCGUCUCAAGCAGCAGCCGCUCUUCAGCCUGGUGGAUUUUGAGCAGGUGGUGGAUCGUAUUCGUAGUACUGUGGCCGAGCAUCUCUGGAAGCUGAUGGUAGAAGAGUCCGAUUUACUAGGUCAGCUGAAGAUCAUUAAAGACUUUUACCUUCUGGGACGUGGAGAACUGUUUCAGGCCUUCAUUGACACAGCUCAACACAUGUUGAAAACACCACCCACUGCAGUAACCGAGCAUGAUGUGAAUGUGGCCUUUCAGCAGUCAGCACACAAGGUAUUGCUAGAUGAUGACAACCUUCUUCCUCUGUUGCACUUGACAAUUGAGUAUCAUGGAAAGGAGCAUAAAGCAGAUGCUACUCAGACAAGAGAAGGGCCUUCUCGGGAAACUUCUCCCCGGGAAGCCCCUGCAUCUGGCUGGGCAGCCCUAGGUCUUUCCUACAAAGUACAGUGGCCACUACACAUUCUCUUCACCCCAGCUGUCCUGGAAAAGUACAAUGUGGUUUUCAAGUACUUACUGAGUGUGCGCCGGGUACAAGCUGAACUGCAGCACUGCUGGGCCCUACAGAUGCAGCGCAAGCACCUCAAAUCCAACCAGACUGACGCAGUCAAGUGGCGCCUAAGAAAUCACAUGGCAUUCCUGGUGGAUAAUCUUCAGUACUAUCUCCAGGUAGAUGUGCUGGAGUCUCAGUUCUCACAGCUGCUUCAACAAAUCAAUUCUACGCGAGACUUUGAAAGCAUCCGAUUGGCUCACGACCACUUCCUGAGCAAUUUGCUGGCUCAGUCCUUUAUCUUGUUGAAACCUGUAUUUCACUGUCUGAAUGAAAUCUUAGAUCUCUGUCACAGUUUUUGUUUGCUGGUCAGUCAGAACCUGGGCCCACUGGAUGAGCGUGGAGCCACCCAACUGAGCAUUCUUGUGAAGGGUUUUAGCCGCCAGUCUUCACUCCUAUUCAAGAUUCUCUCCAGUGUUCGGAAUCAUCAGAUCAACUCAGAUUUGGCUCAACUACUGUUACGACUAGAUUAUAACAAAUACUACACCCAGGCUGGUGGAACUCUGGGCAGUUUCGGGAUGUGAAAUUUCUGGUUCAUAAACUGAAGUAACAGUCAAUCCCAUGAUGUUCCCAAGUCUGUAACAGAAGAUUCAAAACAUACAUCCUAUUCUCUAGCUACUCAUCGAAUGUCUAGCCUAGUGAGUGGGCUCUACCUUUUCUCCUAGAAGCUAUUAUUGAACAUACAGGGGUACAAAUCAUUCCCAUGUGGAAGGAGUCUGCCUCACCUUUGAGAGGUUCUUAACUCACCCACCAAGGAGAAAUUUUGGCAUCACCUGUCCCUCUGCUGACCAUGCAAGGGCUCUGACCCUUUACAUUGAAAACAUUUGCUGGAUAUGUUCAUCUAGGUACUAUUCAAGCUGUGGGAAGUACAGCAGUAAACAAUAUAGAUCAGAAAGUUAAAUAUUCUGUGGUUCAUAAAUGAAAAAGAAAUUAUUUUUAUUAAUAGGUCAACUGCUGGAUGUUACCACUAAGGAAGGCAGCCACAGGUAAGAUAGGCCUUUCCUUUCCCCACACCAAGUAAUUUAUAUCUACACAGAGUAUUUUUCUCCUUCAGAAAUUUUAGACUGAAAACCUCCCACCCUUAAGGAUCUUUAAAACUACGAAUCUGAAGAAUUUUGUCAGUAACUUCCAAUUAUUUCAGACUGGUAAAAGGGCAACUGUAGCUAAUGACAAUGUAUUUAAAGUACUUUCCCCCCCCAAUUAAAAAGGUCCUUAAGAAAAAAUUGAGGUCAGAUUGCUAGAUUUUAAAUACUGAAAAGUGCAGGCGCAAUUAUCCCAUCUUAGAUGAACCACAGGACUUGAGUUUCUCCUAAUAUGGCCCAACCAUCUCUGGUAAUCAUUAUGUUUAUAUCAGCAUAAACCAGAAUAAAUAUUCAUUGAAUAACCCCCUACAAACUGAAAAAGAAUGCAGCUUUCUGGCCUCAUUUUGUAGUCACUGAACCUGGUCAUCUCUACAUCUUUUACCACAUACUAUGUCUACCUUAUUGCCUGCUAUUGUCAACUAAAGAUGACUCCUUCCACUGCUGCAGGGGCUGGCAACUAUGGCCUGCUGCCUGUUUUUAUAAAUACAGUUUUAUAGAAAUACAGCCACACUUAUUCAUUUA